ACUCGUGGAGCUGCGCGUGGAUUCCGGGGGAUGUGCAGGUCUGAGUCUCACUCCGGUCCCCCGAGGUGAUUUCCGCAUCUCUGGGGACCAGUGGUCGACCCGAGCUGUGCUGCUUGAGGGACGUGAACCUUCUCUGUCAAAACCCUAGCGGAUGUCGUGCUGGGGGUCACCUGCGAGGGCGACCCUGGUCUCUGCGCGGGAGCUUACGUUUUCAGGAACUUGCGGGCCCUUUGGGAAAAGGGCUCACUAAUUAAGAACAUUUUUUCCCCUAACAAUGAUUUUCGGUGCUUUCCACCCGUCCAGGGAAAUCAAAUCUGGCAAAGUCAGUCCCCUUGACCUAUGUUACGUGUUUUUGGAAUAGUUCUUAAACUUUGGUUUGAAGGAAGAAUGUCUGUUACUACAUCUGUAUUUCUUGAAGAAAGCAAAGGAAAUAAUUCACAUUUUGUGGAAAGAAGUCAGUCACAGGCUGUUUUUAUAGCAGCAGAAGAUCCACUUCAAAACUUAUGCUUAGCAUCUCAAGAAGUUCUUCAAAAAGCUCAGCGAAGUGGGAGAUCAAAGUGUCUCAAAUGUGGUGGUUCAAGGAUGUUCUAUUGCUAUACGUGUUAUGUCCCUGUUGAAAAUGUGCCUACUGAACAGAUUCCAUUUGUGAAGCUGCCAUUGAAGAUUGACAUUAUUAAACAUCCAAAUGAAACAGAUGGCAAAAGCACUGCUGUACAUGCAAAACUCUUAGCACCUGAAUUUGUGAAUAUUUACACAUACCCUUGUAUUCCAGAAUAUGAAGGAAAGGACCAUGAGGUUGCUCUUGUUUUUCCUGGACCUCAGUCUAUUUCAAUAAAAGAUAUUUCUUUUCAUCUGCAAAAAAGGAUUCAAAAUAAAGAUAGAGGCAAAAAUGAUGAGCCUGACAAGCCAUGUUUUAAACGCAAGAAAACUGAAGAACAGGAGGGUUGUGAUUUGAAUGAGGGCAAAGGCACAACAUUGAAAAAAAUUAUCUUUAUAGAUAGCACCUGGAACCAAACAAACAAAAUACUCACUGAUGAGCGACUUCAAGGGUUGUUACAAGUUGAAUUGAAAACAAGGAAAACUUGCUUUUGGCGCCAUCAAAAAGGGAAGCCAGAUACUUUCCUCUCCACAAUCGAAGCCAUUUAUUACUUUCUAGUAGACUACCAUACUGACAUAUUAAAAGAGAAAUACAGAGGACAAUAUGACAAUCUUUUAUUUUUCUACUCUUUUAUGUACCAGUUGAUAAAGAAUGCCAAAUACGCUGGAGAUAAAGAAUCAACAAAACUUACCCAUUAGUUAACAAGUCAUCUGUCAUUUUAUUUUUCUAAAAUUAAUAAACUUA